AUGAUGCAGCAGCAGAGCCCCUCCUACGUGCCACCGAUGCCGCUGCCGCACCCGGGCACGGUGCCGGACGCCCAGGGCCCGUCGAUCACGACGUUGCCGGGGCAGCAUCCGGCGCCCCAGCCGCACCCCCACCAGAUGGGGCACCCCGGAUUCCCAGGAUUCGUCCCCGGCAUGCCCCCGCCGAUGGGGAUUCAGCAGCCGCAGCCGAUCGGCGUCGGCAUGCCGCCCAUAGGCACGGCGAUGGGCCUGCAGCCGAUGCCCCCGCACAUGCUCGGGCCCCCGGGCGCCAUGCACGGGUCGAUGCCCGGGCCGUUCAACGCAGGCAUGCCGCCCGGCGCCAUGCCGCCGCCUCAGGGCACCCUGCCGCCCGGCGCCAUGCCCGGCAUGCCGCCCGGCGCCGUGCCCGGCAUGCCGCCUGGCGCCGUGCCCGGGGCGCACCUGCCGUACGGCCAGUUCCCGCCGCAUGCAGGCGUGCUGCCGCAGGGCAUGUACCCGCCGGGGCCAGGCCCCCCAGGCCCCCCAGUGAGCUACGGCCCGGACGGGAUGCCCAUGCAGGACGCGGGCACCAUGCCGGGCGCGAUGCCGCCGCAGGCGUCCUGCGGAGACAGAGUGGGCGAAGAACAGAGCUGUUGGCCGUCGUGGGCCCCGAACACGGAUUUCGCGCAAGGCGCAGCGGCCAGAGCCCGCCGCCACGCGCUGGCAUUCUGCUCGGAGCGCGGCUUCAGAGUGACGGCGCUGGCCGCAGCGCAGCGCGUGCUCGCUGCGACCGGGCCGCGGCAGUGCCGCCUGCGGUGCUUGCCACCCUCCGCCGCGGCGCCAGAGGACGCGCGCUGCGAGGUGGCCCGGCGGGGCCGUCGCGCCCUAGCUGUGCCGGCCGAGGCGGCGCUCGCCCUGUUCUUCACAGGCGCCGUGCGGAGGCGCACGCAGCGACGCGGGCCCCGGGCUCGAGUGGCGUGCCUGUGCGGUGUGGCGGUUCGGCGGCGCGGUGGUCGCGCAGCUGGCUGCGAGGCCGUGCCCGGGGUGGGCGUCGGCGCUCCCGCCGCGGGCGGCCAUGCGGUCACUGACGCCGGCUGCGCGCCGGCGGUGGCGUGGAGAGGGUGUCUGAUGGCAAAGGAGAAGUUCGUGGCAAGGGCCUUGGCGCGGGCAAAGGGUCUGCACUUUAGCAUCAACGAGGGCCUCGACAUCGAGGCGCUGCAGGACCAUCGAUCCAUCCGUGUUCUCGCGGCGUGCUCCCUCGCCCUCGCCGGCGUGCCCGGCGCCCUGGCGGCGCGCCCGCCGAACGCCACCGCGGCGGCGCCGCGCGUGCGCCCCGCGGCGGCGCCGCGGAGCCGCCGCCUCGUCCUGGCCGCGGCGUCCGUGCGGCAGUACCCGAGCUCGGACCCCGAGGGGCUGCCCGAGCAGGGCUACUCUGGCCAGGGCGUCGCCCACAGGAACAGCGAGACCAGCACCGAAGACUGGGGGGCCGAGUACGGCCGAGGCCCAUCACGCAAAGUUGCGCUGAGGAUCUGGAGGCCGUGCGCGAGCUCCCGGACAGCGAACUGGGUUGAGGAUCGGAGGCCACUCUGA